UUCUUGCCUUAGAAAUUUAACGAAGAGAAAUGAAAACAUAUGUCUACACAAAGACUUGCCCACAAAUAUACACAGCAGCUUAGUUCACCAUGGCCACAAACUGGAGAUAACUCCUAUAUCUGAACAGGAGAGCAAAUUUUAGUAGAACCACCCAAUGAAAUACUACUCAGCAAGGAAAAAGGACACAAACACAGAUGAAUCUCACAAGCAUGUUGAGCAAAUGAAGCCAGACACAAAAGAGUAAAUGCCAUCUGAUUCUAUUUCUAUGCGUUCUAGAACAGACAAACCUAAUCUAGAGUGACAGCAGAUCAGCAGUUGCAUGGAGCAGGAGGUGCUGGGGGACUGACUGCAGAGGAAUGAAGGGAACUUUUGGUGGUGAUGGAAAUGUUCUGUGUCUUAAUUAAGGACAUCAAAAAGGGUACAUUUUAUUACAUGUAAAUUAUACCUGAAUAAAGUUGAUCUAAAAGUCUAAGGAGGGAGAGGCUGCAUAUAUAAGGGAAAUCACAUGUGGUCAUGUGGGGCUCCAAGUAGUAGGAAGGGCAGAUGCCAGUGGGUGAGCAAAGUGCAAAGGCAGGUGGAUUCGGGUGGGGAGCUCAGGCAGGGCCAGGUUUAGGGCUUCUUUUCUCCAUGAAGAAGGUAAGGUCUCAUCCUCCUCAGGGUGAAAAUGGAAAGAGUUUGGGGAGAGAAAAGGUUUGAAAUAGCGGUAGAGAGCAGAAGAGCAAGGAGAAGAGAGGCGGGAGGCGGGGCAGAAGUUUUCGGUGGGGAGGGAUCUGUUGAAGGCAGUGAUCAUGAACCUAUGGUGGCCGCCAUCUGUCCUCUAAGCGAUUUUUCUGGCUGCCAGCAUGUAGGCGUGAAGACAGCAAGAUGCUUAGGUUCAUCCAGGCUUGGAUGUUUGUCAGAUGGUUGAAAGAAAGGAACUGAGAGAGAAGCAAUGAGAAAAACAAAGAUAACAGACUGCGGCUUUAAACUGGGUGGGAGGAAGAGAAGACGGGAAAGUGAGACAGGUCAGGUGAGAAGAGAAGGAUCGAAGCCCUGGAAACAACCCCAGUGUCCAUCAGGAGGGGCCUGGAAGGCACCCUGAGGUGGCUGAGCAAGCGUCCUGGAAGGAAGAGACUGGACAGGGAGGCUUCUUAGCUCUUGUGGACAGUUAGCUGUCUUAAAAGUGGAGCAACGUCAGCGGGAGCUAUUACUGUCAGGCGAUGGCAUGAUUUGCCGAAAUCUGUACCGCAAGACAAUGGUGGAGCUGGGCUUUUCUGACUCUGCCGAGUCCCCGGUUUUACUGCUUCUCUUUUGAGCCCUUCAACAUGAUGAAGACCUUGAUUUCGGAAUCCCAAAUAAGGCCUCAAGAUCCAGUGUUGGGACAAGAGAAAUGGGACUGUUCCCCCAAAAGCCAGGCAGCAAGCGUCCAGUAUUACAAGAGAGCUAAAAUGCAGGAUGGCUCUGAUGCAGAGACCAGAAUGCAGAUUUCAGCAGUGGGGUUGGGGGCCAGGCAGAGAGCCUUUGGCCCAGGGGUCUGGAAUCAAGCCUGUGUUUCUCCAUCCCUCAUAACACUCACCAGUUGGUAAUCUUAUCUUUGAAUGGUAUCUUUAAUAUUAUCUGAUUAAUGCCCAUCUGCCCCAUUAGUCCACAAGUUCCACAGGGGAUGGGGUGAUGUCUGCUUUGCUCACUUCUGUAUCAUUGGAGUCUAGCACAGGGCCUGGUAUACAGUAGGCGCUCAGUAAGUACGGUCCACCACCUUCCUCCUUUUCUCCUCUCCCUCUGCCUCCCACCUCAUGCCGCACCCAUUCUGCAGAGCCAUAAAACCCAACCCAGGUUGGACUCUCACCUCCCCAUCCCCUCCUGGCCAGUCCCUUACCUCAAGUUGUGGGUGUGUGUGGAGGGGGUGCUGGUGCCCCCUACAUCUGGCUCUAGGUGCCCCCAACUACAUGUAGGACUGGGGCCCUAGUGGACCUCGGGUCUGGCCAGGUUGCUAUUGCCAUGGCAACAGUGACAGUCCUCAGCUGCAGGUUCCCUAAGUGACUGGUUACUCUUUAACGUAUCCACCCACCUUGGGUGAUUAGAAGAAUCAAUAAGAUAACCAGGCGGUGGCAGCUGGCUGUACUCACUGCCUUCCCGGACUGGCUCCCGGUGGCCCAGCUGCUGCUCUGUGUGGGGCCCGGCUCCUCCAUGCCCCCGUGUCUCCAGCUGAGUGGGCUCCGCCAUGGUCAGUGUGAACGCGCCCCUCGGGGCUCCAGUGGAGAGUCCCUAUGACACAUCCCCAUCAGAAGGUGCUAACCUCAACGUGACCAACAGCCUGGGGGUGAGCGCCCUGUGUGCUAUCUGCGGGGACCGGGCCACAGGCAAACACUACGGUGCCUCAAGCUGUGAUGGCUGCAAGGGCUUCUUCCGGAGGAGCGUGAGGAAGAACCACAUGUACUCCUGCAGAUUUAGCCGGCAGUGCGUGGUGGACAAAGACAAGAGGAACCAGUGCCGCUACUGCAGGCUCAAGAAGUGCUUCCGGGCUGGCAUGAAAAAGGAAGCCGUCCAAAAUGAACGGGACCGGAUCAGCACUCGCAGGUCAAGCUACGAAGACAGCAGCCUGCCCUCCAUCAAUGCCCUCCUGCAGGCUGAGGUCCUGUCCCAGCAGAUCACAUCUCCCGUCUCCGGGAUCAACGGAGACAUUCGGGCAAAAAAGAUCGCCAGCAUUGCAGAUGUGUGCGAGUCCAUGAAGGAGCAGCUGCUGGUGCUGGUGGAGUGGGCCAAGUACAUCCCUGCUUUCUGUGAGCUCCCCUUGGAUGACCAGGUGGCCCUGCUCAGAGCCCAUGCGGGUGAGCACCUGCUGCUUGGGGCUACCAAACGAUCCAUGGUGUUCAAGGAUGUUCUGCUUCUAGGCAAUGACUACAUCGUCCCUCGGCACUGCCCAGAGCUGGCAGAGAUGAGCCGGGUGUCCAUGCGCAUCCUCGACGAGCUGGUGCUGCCCUUCCAGGAGCUGCAGAUCGAUGACAAUGAAUAUGCCUGCCUCAAAGCCAUCAUAUUCUUUGACCCAGAUGCCAAGGGGCUGAGCGACCCAGGCAAGAUCAAGCGGCUGCGUUCGCAGGUGCAGGUGAGCCUGGAGGACUACAUCAACGACCGCCAGUACGACUCGCGCGGCCGCUUCGGCGAGCUGCUCCUGCUCCUGCCCACUCUGCAGAGCAUCACCUGGCAGAUGAUCGAGCAGAUCCAGUUCAUCAAGCUCUUUGGCAUGGCCAAGAUCGACAACCUGCUGCAGGAGAUGCUGCUCGGAGGUCCGUGCCCUGCACAGGAGGGGCUGAGAGGGUCCUCCAGUGAGGCAACUCAUGCCCAUCAUCCCCUGCACCCUCACCUGAUGCAGGAACACAUGGGCACCAACGUCAUUGUUGCCAACACGAUGCCUGCUCACCUCAGCAACGGACAGAUGUGUGAGUGGCCCCGACCCAGGGCGCAGGCAGCCACCCCUGAGACUCCACAGCCCUCUCCGCCAGGUGGCUCAGGGUCUGAGCCCUACAAGCUCCUGCCGGGAGCGAUUGCCACAAUCGUCAAGCCCCCCUCCGCCAUCCCCCAGCCAACCAUCACCAAGCAGGAAGUCAUCUAGCAAGAUGCUGGGGGCCGGAGGCUCUGCUGGCCUCCUUGCCCCCCUCGGAGAGCCCCGGUGCUCCCUUGGUCACAGUGAAGGAAGUCGUGACCACAGGGCCAGUCUCAGAGCAGCAACGGAAAGGACGAAGGGCCCAGGAACUUGGGCUGUGGGCCACGUCCCAUUGCUACCCUCCUCCCCCUGCUCUGGAUGGCGGGGCUUUGACGUGGGGAGACCCCAGCUGGAAAAUCCUCUGCUGCCUUGGACUUUUCUCCUACCAAAGCCACUUCACCCUUAUCUUCACCCCCAGAGGACAGCUGUUUGGGGAUGACAUGGGACCUUGCUUAAACAUAGCCCCCUCCCCCUUCCGACCGGUACUUCUCUCCCGGUGCUGUCACAGUGUGCGGACACAGAGCCCUUCGAGGCUGUGUUGGAUCGCAGCGCCUUACCCCUCCCUGUUCUGCUGCCCCAGCCUCACAGCUCCUCUCCAUGCACCUUCCUCAGCAUCCUGGUUCCUCCCAAGCCCCAUUUCCUGAGGCUGAGGAAGACUUGCACACAAUUCCCCAGCCAUUCCUGGAGGUUUCUAAAGCACUGGCUGGGGCCACGCACAGGGUAGGAGGCUAUAGAAAAGGAAGACGCCAUCUUUCCUCUAACUCACGGCUCUUCCCUUUGGGAAAUACUGAGUAGUUGCCAUCAGUACUCAGACUGAUGAUCCCUACACGCUUUCAGCAAUGAGAAAACAGCCCCAGCUGGGCAAGUGCAACAGGGACUUGGAGGGAGGGCUGGAGGGCCAGAAGGCAUCUGGAAAGGGACGGAUACUGCACGAGGCCGUUAAAGAGGGGUUGGAUUCUGGCUGGUGGAGCAGGUGAGCCAGGACAUUCCAGGGAGGGCAGACAGCCUGGACAAAGCCCGGAGGUCAGCAGAAGGGCAUGGGAGGGAGGCGAUGAGAAGACCAGGCUGUCUGGAGCAGCGUGAAGGCCUUGAAUGCCAGCCUGAGGCAUUGAGACUUGGAGG